AAGGAGAAUCUCAUCAGCAAGAACAACCAAAUAGAACAAACAUGGAGCAAAACAGGAGACCUCGCAUUGUAAGGCGAGCACCACUUUAUAAAAGAAUAAUUAAUGGACCCGAUGACUGGAUGAUGAAAGUCGGAAACGACAUUCGAGCCUUGGACUGGGACAUGCUUCAAGAAGGAUUCAGCUGGCCUUUAGCAAUAUCGCUGAACAUGUUGCUAAUCUCGGUUAGGAUGGGGUACUGGUUGGAUGAUCCUCUAGCUAACACGCCUACAGUGUUGAGGGACGAUCGCACAUACUAUCCAAAGUCAUUGCGACCAACAUUCGCAAAUAUUUUGGCAUGGUUACAGUACAUUUUAGUGGCUAUCAGCUUCAUCAAUACAAUUUGGCUGUUCCAAAGCAAAAAAAAUUACAAGAUGUUGGAAAGGGAUGUGGACGAACGGCCAUCGGCUUCAAAUGUCAAGAUGGUAGAGGUUCAGCAGGAUGAGGCACAUUGGUCAUUCAAAUUUCCUGGAAAAUAUAUUUAUCCUUUCAUUUCACCAUUUAUGAAAGGAUCCAAACCUCAGGAUAACAAGCGCCAAGUUUGGGAAAUGUCUGUUUGGAAUCCCUCCAUUUUAAGUCGCAACCUUUUCUGUUGGUAUUCGCCUGCACAAGUACUUAUUCUGAUAUUCAUGGAUGGUGAAAACUUCCAUAUGUUCUUUCCACUUUCGAUCAUAGUCGCGUUACAAGUGCAUUUUCUUGUGUCUGUGUAUCAAUCAUAUGUUAAGGACAAACAAAUCCUUUUUGGAGAGGUCCAAAGAGAAUACAAUGCCAAGUUUGUACACCCAAGGAUAUUUGUACGCAAAUUUGAUAAGCAAGUCUCUACUGAAACAGACACCUCAGACUUGAUUUAUCAAACAUUGGACGAAGGCAGUAGUGUUACUGGUGCGGGAUCGCCUCACUUUAUAUUUGGACGCAAACCAAGGAAGUUUAAACAUCUGAGUGUCCCAGCAUCUCGGGCUCCACUCUCGGUCCCCCCACCAACUAGAGUAACAGAUUUUAGAGGAUCAUCCUCUCGGCGGGCUCCAGUACGAGAUGAAUCCCAAUCAUCCAGUUCGGCUAUUAGUGAAGAUGAUGUUGAAGAAAAUGAAGAGGAUGAGGACGAGGACGAAGGGUUGGAUAGGAGUGAAGGUGACGAAGACGAAGAGGACUCCAGUGAUAGUGGGUCAAAAGGAGAAGAGGAAGAAGAGGAUGGAGUAGAUCCAGAUGUUGACUAUGAUGAAGAAGGUGAAGAACCCAGAGUGCCUCAUCCUAUCAAUUCACUGUGAUUUUCUAAAUAAAG